CAGAGCAGCCUCCCUGUGCCGGCGAGAGAGUUCGGUUGAGAGGGUGCUGAUGGUGGGGGAGGACCACUGAUGCGAGAGCGGACGAGAGGGACUAUUUGAGCACGCUUUGGAGGUAGAUUGCAUCUAUAUCUCCCGGGAUACUGCUAAAGCCCCGGGGCAGGGUUUUCCCCAUCGACUGUGUGAGGUGGCGUAGUGGGUUCUGGUUCAAGCAGAGAUGUCACAGCGGAGUGGGCAGGAGGACCCGGAGCGGUACCUCUUUGUGGACCGCGCCGUGGUCUACAACCCGGCGGCACAGGCCGACUGGACGGCCAAGAGGCUGGUAUGGAUCCCAUCAGAACGCAAUGGCUUCGAGGCUGCCAGUGUUCGCGAGGAGCGUGGAGAUGAGGUGGUGGUGGAACUGGCGGAGAACGGGAAGAAGGCGGUGGUCAACAAGGAUGACAUCCAGAAGAUGAACCCGCCGAAGUUCAGCAAAGUGGAGGACAUGGCCGAACUCACCUGCCUGAACGAGGCCUCCGUGCUUCACAACCUCAAGGACCGCUACUACUCCGGCCUCAUCUAUACGUACUCUGGUCUCUUCUGUGUGGUCAUAAAUCCCUACAAAAACCUGCCCAUCUACUCCGAGAACAUCAUUGAGAUGUACAGGGGCAAAAAGAGGCACGAAAUGCCCCCCCACAUCUACGCCAUCUCAGAGUCUGCGUACAGGUGCAUGCUGCAAGAUCGAGAGGACCAAUCCAUUCUUUGCACAGGUGAGUCAGGAGCUGGCAAGACGGAAAACACAAAAAAGGUCAUUCAGUACCUGGCACAUGUUGCCUCCUCCCACAAAGGAAGAAAAGACCACAACCUUCCUCCAGAAUCACCCAAACCAGUGAAACAACAGGCACAAAAUGCAGUUAGUGGAUCCCUGUUUUAUGGUGAAUUGGAACGUCAACUUUUACAAGCCAACCCCAUCCUUGAAUCUUUUGGGAAUGCUAAGACAGUGAAAAAUGACAACUCUUCACGUUUUGGGAAAUUCAUCCGGAUCAACUUUGAUGUCACCGGAUACAUUGUUGGAGCCAAUAUUGAAACCUACUUACUGGAGAAAUCCAGAGCUAUUCGUCAAGCCAAAGAUGAGCGCACCUUCCACAUUUUCUACCAGCUGCUGGCUGGAGCUGGUGAGCACCUCAAAUCGGACCUGCUUUUGGAAGGAUUCAACAACUACCGUUUCAUGUCUAACGGUAACGUCACAAUACCGGGUCAGCAGGACAAAGAUAACUUUCAGGAGACCAUGGAGGCCAUGCACAUCAUGAGCUUCGGCCAUGAGGAGAUUCUGGCCAUGUUGAAGGUGGUGUCCUCAGUGCUUCAGUUUGGUAACAUUACCUUUAAGAAGGAGAGGAACUCUGACCAAGCCUCUAUGCCUGAUAAUACUGCCGCUCAGAAGCUAUGUCAUCUGCUGGGUAUGAAUGUAAUGGAGUUUACCAGAGCCAUCCUGUCCCCAAGGAUCAAAGUGGGAAGAGACUACGUCCAGAAAGCGCAGACUAAAGAGCAGGCUGACUUUGCUGUCGAGGCCUUGGCUAAAGCAACAUACGAGCGUCUGUUUCGCUGGCUGGUCCAUCGCAUUAACAAAGCCUUGGACAGAACCAAACGACAGGGUGCCUCCUUCAUUGGCAUCCUGGACAUUGCGGGUUUUGAGAUCUUCCAGUUGAACUCAUUUGAGCAGAUGUGUAUCAACUACACCAAUGAGAAGCUGCAGCAGCUCUUCAACCACACCAUGUUCAUCCUGGAGCAGGAGGAGUACCAGAGGGAGGGCAUCGAGUGGAGCUUCAUCGACUUCGGCCUCGACCUGCAGCCCUGCAUCGACCUCAUUGAGAGGCCGGCAAAUCCUCCAGGCGUCCUGGCUCUGCUGGAUGAAGAGUGCUGGUUCCCCAAGGCCACAGACAAGACCUUUGUAGAGAAGCUGAUCCAGGAGCAGGGCACACACAGCAAGUUCCAGAAGCCCCGCCAGCUCAAAGACAAGGCCGACUUCUGCAUUAUCCACUACGCUGGCAAGGUGGAUUAUAAAGCAGAUGAGUGGCUAAUGAAGAACAUGGACCCUCUGAAUGACAAUGUGGCCACACUUCUGCAUCAGUCGACUGACAAAUUUAUAGCUGAACUUUGGAAAGACGUCGACCGUAUCGUUGGCCUGGACCAGGUGGCAGGAAUGAACGAGACAGCCUUUGGCGCCACCUACAAAACGAAAAAGGGCAUGUUCCGUACGGUGGGACAGCUCUACAAGGAGUCACUGACCAAGCUCAUGGCCACACUGAGGAACACCAACCCCAACUUUGUUCGCUGCAUCAUCCCCAACCACGAAAAAAGAGCUGGUAAACUGGAGCCUCACCUGGUUCUGGACCAGCUGAGGUGUAAUGGAGUCCUAGAGGGGAUUCGCAUCUGCAGACAGGGCUUCCCCAACCGUAUCGUCUUCCAGGAGUUCAGACAGAGAUAUGAGAUCCUGACCCCUAACGCUAUCCCCAAAGGAUUCAUGGAUGGGAAACAAGCCUGUGAGAGAAUGAUCCGAGCCCUGGAGCUGGACCCCAACCUGUUCCGUAUUGGUCAGAGUAAGAUCUUCUUCAGGACUGGUGUUCUGGCUCACCUUGAGGAGGAGAGAGAUCUGAAGAUCACUGACAUCAUCAUCUACUUCCAGUCUGUUUGCCGUGGAUACUUGGCACGCAAGGCCUUUGCUAAGAAGCAGCAGCAACUGAGUGCCCUGAAGGUCCUCCAGAGGAACUGUGCUGCUUAUUUGAAGCUGCGACACUGGCAGUGGUGGAGGCUCUUCACCAAGGUGAAGCCUCUGCUACAGGUCACCAGGCAGGAGGAGGAGAUGCAAGCCAAAGAUGAGGAGCUGGUAAAAGUGAAGGAGUUACAGCUCAAGGUGGAGAAUGAGCUUGUGGAGAGUGAGAGGAAACACCAACAGCUCGUAGAGGAGAAGAACAUUCUAGCAGAACAACUCCAUGCAGAGACGGAGCUCUUUGCCGAGGCCGAAGAGAUGAGAGUUCGUCUGCUUUCUAGGAAGCAAGAGCUGGAGGAGAUUCUUCAUGACCUGGAGUCUAGGGUGGAGGAGGAGGAGGAGAGGAACCAGAGCCUGCAGAAUGAGAAGAAGAAGAUGCAGUCACACAUUCAGGACCUGGAGGAGCAGCUUGAUGAGGAGGAAGCUGCAAGACAGAAGCUGCAGCUGGACAAAGUGACAGCCGAGGCGAAGAUCAAGAAAAUGGAGGAGGACAUUCUCCUGCUCGAGGACCAAAACUCCAAGUUCUUCAAGGAGAAAAAGCUGCUGGAGGACAGGAUCGGAGAGAUGACCUCUCAACUGACAGAGGAGGAGGACAAAGCAAAGAACCUCGGCAAGGUCAAGAACAAGCAGGAGAUGAUGAUGGUUGACCUGGAGGAGCGUUUAAAGAAGGAGGAGAAAACACGGCAAGAGCUUGAGAAGGCCAAGCGGAAGCUGGAUGCUGAGACCACUGACCUGCAGGACCAGAUUGUUGAGCUUCAGGCCCAGAUAGAGGACCUGAAGAUCCAACUGUGCAAGAAGGAGGAGGAGCUGCAGGCUGCGCUGGCCAGGAGUGAUGAAGAGACACUGCAGAAGAACAACGCCUUGAAGCAGGUCCGGGAGCUUCAGGCCCACCUUGCUGAGCUUCAGGAGGACCUGGAGUCAGAGAAGAUGUGUCGAAGUAAAGCUGAAAAACUAAAGAGGGACCUGAGUGAGGAGCUCGAGGCCCUGAAGACGGAGCUUGAGGACACGCUGGAUACCACCGCUGCCCAGCAGGAACUCCGGUCCAAGCGAGAGCAAGAGGUGGCAGAGCUGAAGAAGGCCAUAGAUGAGGAGACCAAAAACCACGAGGCCCAGAUCCAGGAAGUGAGACAGAGGCACGCCACAGCGCUGGAAGAAGUGUCCGAACAGCUGGAGCAGGCCAAGAGGAUCAAGGCUAACCUGGAGAAGAACAAGCAGUGUAUGGAGAGUGACAACAAAGAGUUGGCCUGUGAUGUGAAGAGUCUCCAACAGGGAAAGAUGGAGUCUGACCAUAAGAGGAAGAAACUGGAGGCCCAGCUGCAGGAGUUCAUGUCCAGGGCCACCGAGGGAGAGAGGGCCAAGGUAGAGCUGGCCGAACGCUCAAACAAACUCCAGAUGGAGCUGGACAAUGCAUACGCUUUGAUGGAGGAGGCAGACAAGAAGGGCGUCAAGCUGGUCAAGGAAGUCGACAAACUGAACAGCAAACUGCAGGACUCAGAGGAGUUGCGGCAGGAGGAGACACGCCAGAAGCUGAACCUGAGCGGCCAGAUCCGCCAGCUGGAGGUGGAAAAGAAUACCUUGCUGGAGCAGCAGGAGGAGGAUGAAGAGGCACGACGCAACCUGGAGAAACAGCUGCAGAUGGUGCAGUCACAGCUGUUUGAGACAAAGAAGAAGCUAGAGGAGGACGUGGGGUCGAUGGAGGGCCUGGAGGAGGUGAAGAGAAAGCUUCUGAAGGACGUGGAGCUGACCAGCCAGCGUCUGGAGGAGAAGACCAUGGUCAUGGACAAGAUGGAGAAGACCAAGAACCGACUGCAGCAGGAGCUGGACGACCUGAUGGUGGACUUGGACCACCAGAGACAGAUUGUCUCGAACCUUGAAAAAAAACAAAAGAAGUUCGAUCAGCUGCUUGCUGAAGAGAAGACCAUCUCAGCCCGUUACGCUGAGGAGCGUGACCGUGCGGAGGCUGAGGCCAGAGAGAAGGACACCAAGGCUCUGUCUAUGGCCAGAGCUCUGGAGGAGGCCCUGGAGGCCAAAGAGGAGCUGGAGAGGUUUAACAAGCAGCUCCGUGCUGAAAUGGAGGACCUGAUGAGCUCCAAGGACGACGUGGGGAAGAAUGUCCAUGAACUGGAGAAGUCCAAGCGAACUCUGGAGCAACAGGUGGAAGAGAUGAGAACUCAGCUGGAGGAGCUGGAAGACGAGCUUCAGGCCACAGAGGACGCCAAACUGCGUCUGGAGGUCAACAUGCAGGCCAUGAAGGCCCAGUUUGACCGAGACCUGCAGGCCAAAGAUGAGCAGGGAGAGGAGAAGAAGAGGUCGCUUGUCAAACAGGUGCGUGAGAUGGAGGCAGAGUUGGAGGACGAGAGGAAGCAGAGAACUCUGGCUGGUGCCUCCAAGAAGAAGCUGGAGAUGGACCUGAACGAGCUGGAAGGACAGAUUGAAGCCGCUAACAAAGGCAGGGACGAGGCUGUUAAACAACUCAAAAAACUACAGGUUCAGAUGAAGGACUAUCAGAGGGAGCUGGAGGAGGCCAGAGCCUCCAGGGAUGAGAUCUUCACCCAGUCCAAGGAGAACGAGAAGAAACUCAAGGGCCUAGAAGCUGAGAUCCUACAGCUACAGGAGGACCAUGCAGCGUCUGAGAGGGCCCGUCGACAUGCUGAACAGGAGAGGGAUGAGCUGGCUGAUGAGAUCUCCAACAGUGCUUCUGGAAAGUCGUCGCUGCUGGAAGAGAAGAGGAGACUGGAAGCUCGUAUCACCCAGCUGGAGGAGGAGCUGGAGGAGGAGCAGGGCAACAUGGAGCUGCUCAACGACCGUUUCAGAAAGACCAACCUCCAGGUCGACAACCUGAACACCGAGUUGGCUGGAGAACGCAGCACUGCCCAGAAGAGUGAGAACGCUCGGCAACAGAUGGAGCGGCAGAACAAGGAUUUGAAGUCCAAGCUAGCAGAGCUGGAGGGGACCGUCAAGUCAAAGUUCAAGGCGUCCAUCACUGCCCUGGAGGCCAAGAUCCUCCAGCUGGAGGAGCAGCUGGAGCAGGAAGCAAAGGAGAGAGCAGCAGCCAACAAGAUCGUCCGUCGUACGGAGAAGAAGCUGAAGGAGGUGAUGAUGCAGGUGGAGGAUGAGCGUCGUCAUGCUGACCAGUUCAAGGAGCAGAUGGAGAAAGCCAACUCUCGUAUGAAGCAGCUGAAGCGUCAGCUGGAGGAGGCAGAGGAGGAGGCCACCCGAGCUAAUGCUAGCCGCAGGAAGUUACAGAGGGAGCUGGACGAUGCCACCGAGGCCAGCGAGGGUCUCACCAGAGAGGUCAACUCCCUUAAGAACCGCCUCAGGCGUGGUGGCCCGGUCAGCAGCUUCUCAUCCAGCCGCUCGGGCCGCCGCAACCUCAAUCUGGACGGUGCCUCCGUCGACAUGUCCGACGAUGACGUCGACAGCCGUGCUGGUGACUUCAACGAGACGCAAACCACCAACGCUGAGUAACCAUGGCGACCCUUACAUUCCUCGCCUUUUCCCUCCCUCGUCACUCACCCACCUGUGACCUGCGCCCAGCCCCCCCCCCCAAAAGAUCUUUGGCGUCUCCAUCUUAAUUCAUUUCAAACCACUGAUUAGAGCCAUGUUUUUGGUAAUGCUGGGCGGAGUGUGCCUGGCAGCCCUUUUUGUAUCAGUUAACACUGCAGGGAAAAUCCAUCACCCUCCUCUGAAGUCAGGUCUACAGCCUACAGAGUCACAGGGGCAACGGACAACUCUGCCUUACUUUGUUCUCCUCCGGCUAGCUGCUACUCCCGGCCCGUCUACCGGCAUCGUAUCAUCUCAGCGUCCUGAGGUAACACUCUCCCUCCACCAGGCGUCAACUUAUCUGCUCAGCUUAUUGAAAAAGUAUACAUAGGUGCAAAGUGCUUUUUAUACAUAUGAAACUGUAGGUUGAGGCUGUGAAGUGUACACACAUCAAGUAUGUAACGUAUGUGAACGCACCCCAUACUGGAAAUGCAGGACUACAAGGAAACGUGUUCCACUUUGGUGUUGUUUUAAGUGUUCUGCUCACUAGUUUAGUGUAAAAGCCAUCUCGUACCCGACACACUCCCUCCUCUCAAAGGACCACGCCAGCUGCUUUUGUUGCAUAAGUCUCCCUCCGAUGUACAGACUGCUUGCUUCAACACUACAGGAAUGACUAACAUCUCGGGACAUGCAAUUGAAGAACACGGACUCUGGAUUUGAAGUGUAUUACUGUGAAAAAAAAAAGGUGUUUUAUUUUCUGUGUUGCUUCAUCUCAACUUUUAAUGAAGGAAUGUCUCGCUGGGUUUUAACUUGAAAUCUCAGCUCACAAGGUUAACACAUUUUGUAUUGUUGCCCAUUUGUCCUCCACUGUGGGUCGGCCUGAGCUGCGAAUAAUGUAAAGAUGCUGAAAAAAAAUGCACAGGAAGAUGUUUGAAUUUUUAACUGGAAACCAACAGGGAGAAAACUAAACUGGCACUCAGUCCACAUUUAUUUGACACUAAAAGGUCAUGAGUUUGAUCAGACACGCAGACAGAUUGAAUAGUCAUAUUAUUGCUACAUUUCAUCGUUUGUGCAAUGCCCCAGUUUGUAUUACCACUACAUUCUAGUCACAGAGCAUCAGCUUUUCAAAUUACCUUCCAAAAAUUGGAAACACAAGGUCAUCUAACAACUUUUUAACCAUAAUCAAUGAUAAGUCCUCAAAGGGCUCAUAAAAACGUAACAGCUACUAUCCCAUGACAACUGGUUUCCAAAGUAUUUCCUUAUUCAUAAUGUAAGGGCACAUACAAUUAUUAUCAAUUAUCAAUUCUAAUUUCUUAUUUUUUUUUCUCUUUUAAAUUGUUCAUAUUCAUAUCACAUUUCUUAAAAAAGGCAGGGUUUUUUCAAGCUCACUGUUUGAAAUACCUUCAGUAAGUGUUAACCAUUAUUCCCAGCACUCUAUUUUUCAGAAAAAAGACUUCUCAGCUCUGUCACUCAAAUGUAGCAGUAAAUGAUAGUGAACAAAUUGGGGCUGCUUUGUGGUUUGAAGCCGGACUCUCUAGACGACCAACAGACCUGAUUAAGCACUUAGUAUUACAUUGCACUUACAUUUUCUUUCGUAAAGAUCUGCUUUAAAUAGAGCAGCCACUGCAACAGCUAAACCACUACAGUGUGAAAACUACAUGCCAGGGAGCCCAUAUCCAUCCAACCCUUGUUAUUUAGUCUCUAAUUGAUCAUGGAUCUGCAGAUCAGGGUGGUUGUCUUCAGAGGACUUCUUUGCUCUUCUCCUAAUUGUUAACAGUAUGUUUCUUUAAAAGUGCCUUGGACACUAAAUAAGAACAUGAGCGGGCAAUGGUUUCACUACAGAUGUGAAUUAAAGAUGAGACGAGUACACUAAGGAGAGAUUCAACACUUUUUAAACUCUUUCUUUUGUAUUUUUUCUGUGCUACAUAUCAUAUCGGCUGUGUAACUCCAAGUUCAUAAUAACCGCCUAGCUUGAGUGUUUGGGUCAAAUCAGUAUUACCGUAUCAAUAUCAACAAGAGAAGUGGAGCCCUUGGCAGCUGAGCUUCCCAAAAUGGUUUUUGCACUAACGUCCCCCCCGAGAAACCGAGGCUCAGUACUGAAGCUAUUUUGGGAAACGAUGGUUUGCACAGGAUUCCAUUUGGUUAAGAGCUUUAACAUCCACAAGUAGUUAACUCAAUUUUUAUUUUAUUAUUAUUAUUGUUUCCAAGCUGGCUGUUGACAACCAGGCAUUCAACUGCAAAUACUCCCAUCAUAUAAUUUCUUGUAUACCUGUAUUUCUAGACAUUAUGUUUUUGGUUUGU